GCGGUGCGCACGCGCAGCGGUUCCCCUGGCGCCCGGGGAGCGCGCGGCGCGGGGGGGAGGGGGGGUGCCAUGGCGGGGCCCAGCCUGCGGCCGCACGUGCACUGGGCGCAGCGGCACCGCGAGCUGUACCUGCGCGUGGAGCUCAGCGACGUGCAGCACCCAGACAUCUCCGUCACCGACAACGUCCUGCACUUCAGAGCUCAGGGUCAUGGUGCCAAAGGGGACAACAUCUACGAAUUUGAGAUUGAGUUCCUAGAACCGGUUGAGCCUAACCCUGUGUGCAGGGUGACCCAAAGGCAGCUGAACAUCACUGUGCAGAAGAAAGAGAGUAACUGGUGGGAGAGACUCACCAAGCAAGAGAAGCGCCCGCUCUUCCUAGCUCCUGACUUCGACCGCUGGUUGGAUGAAUCGGAUGCUGAAAUGGAACUGAAGGAGAAGGAAGAAGAAAAGAUUAACAAAAUGAAAAUAGAAUCCAGAGUCCCGAAAGACCCUUUCAGGCACCUGAAGAAGGGAUACUUAGUCAUGUAUAAUCUUGUACAGUUUUUGGGAUUCUCUUGGAUUUUUGUCAACAUGACAGUACGACUGUUCAUCUUGGGAAAAGAUUCUUUCUAUGAUACAUUUCACACUAUUAGUGACAUGAUGUAUUUCUGCGAGACCCUGGCAUUAAUGGAGAUCGUGAACUCCCUUAUAGGACUCGUCAAAACACCACUGAUACCUGCUGUACUUCAGGUAUUUGGAAGAAUCUUUAUUUUGUUUGUUAUCCUCGGGAGCUUAGAGGAAAUGCAGAGCAAGCCUGUGGUGUUCUUCAUAUUUUAUUUCUGGAGUAUCAUCGAGCUAUUCAGGUAUCCAUAUUACAUGCUGUCAUGCAUUGGUAUUGAAUGGAAACCACUAACCUGGCUGCGUUACACUGCCUGGAUUCCUCUCUACCCUUUAGGAGGCCUGGCAGAAGCUGUCUCCAUCAUUCAGUCCAUUCCAAUCUUCAAUGAAACAGGGAAAUUUAGUCUGGAAUUGCCAAAUCCGCUGAAUGUCACAAUCCCAUUUUCAUUUUUGCUUCAAAUAUCCCCUAUAGCCUUGGUUUUAGUGGUAUUUGCAAACUGCCGUUAUCUCUACAAGCAAAGGAAGCGGCACCUCGGACCAAAGAAGAGGAAGAUGAAGUAGAGGAGGACUGCAAUGCUUUCUUAUCUAACUUAUCUCAAUGACAAGACAAGCCUCUAAUUCUUAGGGUUUGACCCACUGUAAUGUAAAGAAUUUUGUAAAAUUAAAUGAUUACACAAGAUUUCUUGAUUUCAUAGUGAAUUCAGGUAAUGUUCCCAUAUACUGUAUUUUGUUCCCUUUCAAUCAUGUAUGCAUGGCAUUUACCGUUGAACAGUAACAUUGAAACUUGUAGUAUUCUGUCAACUUCCGUAUUAGAAAGAAAUCCUAUUAUCUGCAUAUAAUAUGCUUAUAAAUGGUGGAGCAGCACUGAAUAGAAAUAGUGUUUAUCUUUUAAUUGGAUAUUUGCUCUUUCAAUAUUGCAUGCAGAUAGGGCUUCUGAUGUCGGGAUAUACUAUGAGCUGGCUUGUGCUGUUCCUAGGGUGCAUCUUGAUGGCAGGAGGAGCACGGUCUGAGACCACUGUGAACAGUGUUUGGGUGUUCAUUAACGGUUGGGGUAAACUUGCUCAGCACACCCCCCCCCCCUUUUUUUUCCUGCAGCAGAAUUAAUAUUGGACGUAGCUAAUGUCAAUUUAAAUGCUACCAACUUAGACUGUUUCUAGCUUAGCCUUAACAGAAUAGGAGCACUGCGUGGAUCUUAGCAUUCCUGUAGCAACACAUCCUUAUCCAGUCAUUGGGGAAAGGAAGCUGCCGCUCUGUGACUUGGUCAGAAGCACUUUGCUGACUGGGAAUGCAAGCACUGAAACAAUAGAACAAGGAAAUAAAGGUGCCAGCUUUCUCCUGACAUGUGACCAAAACCCCAGCUGAACUCCAUCCCACCCAUGUGAAGGGAAAAUGUGGAACUGUCAAGGGAGAUUGACCUCCUCUGAUUAUUCCUGGCAAGGCUGUAGCUCUUGUAUUUUUUUUUAUAGCCUUCAGAAAGGCAGCCAAGAUUGCCUUUCUACUUAAACUUAGGGGUGCAGCUGAGAAGUUGAAUGUAUAUACUUUGUCAGCUGGCUCCUGGUGGGAUGUAGUAGUGGGGUCAACUAAACCCUGUAUUAUUUUGAAAGCAUAUAUCAAAUCACAGUAGAGGAGAUCCCACAUGGAGUUUGAAGGGACCCUUUUAUCUGUGCUUGCUUUAAACAAGAGCAACAAAAAGAGAAGCUCCCCAAACGUUCCACAUUAUCCAUCCUCUCACCUGAAAAUUUUUGUUUCAGUUGACUUAACAUCAACAUGCCUUCCUUCGCAGCUGGCCUCCCGCAGUAAACUCCAGAUCCCUCGGGCCUCUUUAAUCCAGUUUAGAAAAUGUACAGAAGGUUUGCUCUAAACCGUGUUGUGAUUAUGAACAGGUUGUUUCACGACAACUGCCACUGCUCCCAGGGCAAUGCCAAGCAAUGCCAGCGAUCCAGAACAAGCACUGAGGCUGAGAUUAGCUCAGUGCCAUGUUACUCUUUAUCUUUGUCUACUGUAAAACUAUAUGAAUUCUCCAGAAAAUUGUUUUCAGUAUGAAAGGUAACAAACAACAUCCCGUUUGUGAGCUGGACCCAGUGAUUGUUACUGUAAAGGAAAGGAAAUAAUGUUAAAAGGAGAUUUUAACAGAGAACUGGUACAAUCUCCAUACUGCAUUUCUCAGUUGUGUCCUGUCAGGAAGCGGCAUGGUGCAACUUCUCUUUAGGGACACUUGAAGCUCCCACUCAAAGGUGUGUUACUUACACACAUACUUAAUAUUUCACUUGGCACACACUAUACCUAUGUUUGAAGUAUGUGAAAGAAUUGAAUUAGCUGAGUGAUGGAACAGCAAGGAUCACUUUCAUACUUUAAUUUCUCCACUGGGCAUUUAAACUUGUUAUUAAAUCCACGUGUAUUCAUACAUUGUUUCUCAGUGAAAGCGUGGUACCUAGUGCAAGCUGUCAUGGAUCUUACACUACUGAAUUUUAGU